UGUAACCGAAUGUACAAAUAUUUAGUAUAUACGGUGUGUUAUGUCGAAUACGGUAGCGCCUUCAACUCGUCGCGUAUACUUACGUAAAUUCACGUGGUAUAAAAACGUACUUACGUAAAAUAACUCGUACUUACUCGUUGUUGUAGGUACUUUUUUGUGUACAGUGCCCUUGAGUAAAAACGUGUUUUUUGGGCUGAGGGGGGCCUUUUUUAGUGAACGAUGAAGCACGCAUUCGCGUACCACGACGAUGGACGUGGACGAUAGUCGAAAGUGGUAUCGGGAGGCCUUCUACGUCUACCUACGAGUACUCCUCAUCGAUGUCGAUGCGGUCGUCGUCGUUGUUGUGGUUCUGCUGUUAUUCGUCUCGAACGUGUGUGGUGUAUUGUGUGUUGCCUUCGCCUUCGCGUGGUGUUUUGCUCUCUGAUGAACUCAGGCGGUUAUUACGACGACCACCGCCGGACGACGCCGCCGCCGAUCACAACGACGACGACAGUAAUAGCCGUGGCCGACGUAAAUUCGGACGUGCUUGAUACGCGGCCACGCGCCCCACAAAAUCGUGCUCGUCGUGUCGAGGACGUGUCGCGUGUGCCGGCCGUGCCACCCGCUACUCUCGAUUUAAAGCUAUACUCGACCACAGCUGCAGCCACCUGCACCGUAGUCGCAGCAUCCGGUACGGGGACCGUUGCCCCGGCCCCAAUCCCAGCCACCGGUCUCGCCGCCGUACCCGGUACUAAUAUCGUGUUCGCGAACGUACCCUUGAAUUCGGUGAUAAGCAGGGGGACCGCUUUUGCCAACGCUGCCGCCGCCACCACUACCACAGUUAACUCGAAUUUGGCCCCGUUGUGUUGUUCGUUUCCAAUGGGAUCGACGAGCCGGUACAGCUCGUAUAAUUGUCUCACCAGUUGGGAUAGCUACGAUCGUAUACCAAGAGUCAGAGUGGAAUAUUACGUAAACGAAAACACGUUGAAAGAACGCUUACAAAUAUAUUUUAUCAAAAACCAGCGCUCAAGUUUAAGAAUACGUAUAGCGAAUUUAUUUUUCAAACUUUUAACAUGCUUCCUGUAUAUUUUAAGAGUAAUAACAGAUACAAAUCCGACCUUCGCUACUUGUUACAAUUGCACUGUCGGGGACAAGACGGAGUUCCUGGUAUCGCACAAUCUGACGGAGGAAGAAUUUCAAGAAAAUCCUAGAAUUAAUUGGGACGCUAUCAUAUGGGUGAACCGUCCUCUUGAGCUUUGGUUCUUACAGUUUAUUUUGGCUGUUAUUAGUUUAAGUGAAACUCUUCUCUUGGCGUAUCUCGGAUACAAGGGAAACGUGAUGCAAACGUUACUUUCAUUUCAUUUUAUCGUAGAACUCGUAACUACUGUUCCAUUUUUAUUAACUCUUUUUUGGCGGCCUUUAGUCAAUUUAUUUAUUCCAGUAUUUUUAAACUGUUGGUUGGCGAAGAAAUCGUUAGAAAAUAUGUUUAACGACUUACAUAGAGCUAUGCAAAAAUCACAAUCGGCGUUAUCGCAACAAUUAAUGAUAUUAUCAGCGACUUUAUUAUGUUUAGUUUUUACAAGCGUAUGCGGUAUUCAACAUUUUCAAAGAGCCGGCCACAGACAUUUGAAUUUGUUUCAAGCGACGUAUUACGUGGUGGUGACAUUUUCGACGGUCGGGUAUGGAGACUUUGUGCCGGAUAUUUGGCCAUCGCAGUUGUAUAUGGUGCUUAUGAUUUGUAUCGCUUUGAUCGUGUUACCAACUCAGUUCGAACAAUUGGCGUUCACGUGGAUGGAAAGACAGAAGCUGGGCGGAUCGUAUUCAUCUCACAGGGCGCAAUCCGAGAAACACGUGGUCGUUUGCAGUACAACUUUGCACGCAGAUACGAUAAUGGAUUUUUUAAACGAAUUCUACGCUCAUCCAUUACUUCAGGAUUACUUUGUUGUUUUGCUGUCGCCUAUGGAGCUGGAUACCACAAUGAGGAUGAUAUUGCAGGUACCGAUUUGGGCUCAGAGAGUUAUCUACAUACAAGGUUCGUGUUUGAAAGAUGGAGAUUUGUGUAGAGCUCGUAUGAGCGAAGCCGAAGCUUGUUUUAUUCUCGCUGCCAGAAAUUACGCUGAUAAAACUGCCGCGGACGAACACACAAUCCUGAGAUCCUGGGCGGUCAAAGAUUUCGCUCCGGAUGUCGCUCAAUACGUUCAGAUAUUCAGGCCGGAGAACAAGCUGCAUGUGAAAUUCGCCGAACACGUGGUUUGCGAAGAUGAGCUGAAGUAUGCAUUGUUGGCCAACAAUUGCACGUGUCCUGGCGCCUCGACACUGGUCACUUUACUUCUGCAUACGAGUAGAGGACAGGAAGGCUCAACAUCUACUGAAGAGUGGCACAGACUGUACGGCAGAUGCUCAGGGAACGAGAUUUAUCACAUAAGACUCGGUGACAGCAGGUUUUUUGGAGAAUACGAAGGAAAAAGUUUCACUUACGCUAGUUUCCAUUCGCAUAGAAAGUAUGGUGUAGCUUUAGUCGGAGUACGUCCUGCCGAGUUACCGGAAUUCUACGAAGAUACCAUAUUGCUGAAUCCAGGCCCGAGGCAUAUCAUGAAAAAGACAGACAUAUGUUAUUACUUGAGUAUAACGAAAGAAGAAAAUUCUGCUUUUAUAGUCGCCUCAAAUCAAAACAACAAUAGCCUACCUGACCAACCAAAGACUGAAGAAACCGAAAUGCAUCACCAAGAAAAAAAAGAAACCGCCAUAAGCAUGACUGAAACGACCACGUUGACCGGUAAUCACCUAGGUAUUCCUAAAGCAAACGAAACGAAUCCGAAUCUGCUCAGUCCGGAAAUACUGAAUCAAAGAAGAGGAAGUCGCAGACCGAGUAUAUUACCAGUACCAGACAUGUUCACCAGCUCAUCUUUGAAUAUCUCCGGCGUAGCUCAGGACGAAGGCGACGAAAGCGAAGACGAGCUCGAAGACGAAGUCCCUUGGAGAUCACCUAGCGAAAAAAUAGCAUUUCACAUAUCGUCGGCGGGAGAUGAAUCUUAUAUCCCGCCUGUUUGGCACGCCGAAUGGGCCAGGAUAGUAAAAGGCUUUCCUCCAGUUUCACCUUAUAUCGGUGUCAGUCCAACGUUAUGUUAUUUACUUAAAGAGAAGAAACCACUGUGCUGUUUACAAUUGGCUCAGGUUUGCGAGCAUUGCAGUUACCGGAACGCGAACGACUACAAUUGGCAAAACGGUACGAUAAUUUUGGCUGCUGAUUACGCGUCGAACGGCAUAUACAACUUUAUCAUCCCGUUGAGAGCUCAUUUUCAUACGAAAACCACCCUUAAUCCGAUCAUCAUAUUGUUAGAGAGAAGACCGGAUAUCGCAUUUCUGGACGCCAUUUCGUAUUUUCCGUUGGUUUACUGGAUGCUUGGAUCCAUCGACUGCUUGGAUGACUUGUUGAGAGCUGGAAUAACUUUAGCUGAGAAUGUGGUUGUGGUCAACAAAGAACUGAGUAAUUCGGCCGAAGAAGAUACGCUGGCUGAUUGUAAUACUAUUGUAGCUGUUCAAACUAUGUUCAAAUUUUUUCCGAAUAUUCGUAGCAUAACGGAGCUGUCGCAGUCUUCGAAUAUGAGAUUUAUGCAGUUCAGAGCUCACGAUAAAUACGCGUUGCAUUUAUCUAAAAUGGAAAAGCACGAGAAAGAAAGAGGAUCUCAUAUAUCGUACAUGUUUCGAUUACCAUUCGCUGCCGGUUCAGUAUUCAGCGCCAGCAUGUUGGAUACACUGUUGUAUCAAGCUUUUGUCAAAGAUUACGUGAUCACUUUCGUUAGACUGCUUCUGGGAGUCGAUCAAGCUCCAGGAUCCGGUUUUCUAACUUCGAUGAGAAUCACCAAAGACGAUAUGUGGAUCAGAACGUACGGUCGUUUGUAUCAAAAGCUUUGCUCGACCACUUGUGAAAUCCCCAUUGGAAUUUAUCGUACUCAAGACAUAUCAGCGUUGGAUUCGCCUCAUUGUGUGCAAGACGAAGAUGGAAAUACAACGAAACAUUCUGAGGAUUCGGACGUUGAUACGUACAUGCCUAUACCUACUAACUGCCUUCCAAGUUGCCAUCGAAAUCAUAGCUCUGUGUUUUCCAUCAAUAUGCACGACGACGCGCGAGACAAUCAUUGCCAAAUGAUCGAACGAGCCGAAAUCGCGAACUUGGUCAGAAGUCGAAUGGAUAGUCUGAAUUUGCCGCCGAUCGACUACGAUGACGUGAGCGAGAAACGUAGCAGCCUAUCGUACGUGAUUAUAAAUCCUAGCUGUGAUCUGAAAUUGGAAGAAGGUGACAUCAUAUACAUCGUUCGACCAAGUCCUUUCUCCGCUCAGAAGACCUUCGAAAGGCACAACAGCCGGCGAAAAUCAAACAUCAGCUUUUGCUCGCAAACUCAGGCGUUUGGUUCGAGACGAGGUUCAGGACUCGGAUUCCCCUCACCCUUGAACAGACCUCCUCCACUGGUCACCACUAAAUCAAACUCGCUUUCAUUGCCAGAUAGUCCAACGGUCGCAUCAUCUCUUCGAGGCAGAUCGAAUUCGUUGAGGGUCAUCGACGAUAUACUACUGAGGAGAUCGAAUUCACUCAGACAAGGGUUGUGUUCCACUCCUCGGAAGAGCAGCUUGGAGGAGUUGGGUGUGUCUCAUUAUCCACUCAGUAUGAUGGCUGAAAGGAGACCUAGUAUACAGUUACAAUCGAGCGACUCGAAUUCCAUCAAGAUCGCCUUAAACGGUAGCAUCGAUUUGAAAGUAACACCUCCCGAAGAAGUAGGCAGUCCGAGUAUAUCGAGUAAUACAGGCUUAGUGGUGGUACCACCGCCUCUAUCGGCUGCCCAAAUGCCUCCACAUUCGCAUCACCCCUCACCUUCGUCGCCAGUCGCUGUAAGCUCGAGUACUGAUCAGUUACAGGGCACGAUAGUAUGAUAUCAUCUAAUGUGGGGCCGAAGGCGUAGUAGUGUUGCUCGUAAGUAAUCUAGUUCUUCGCCCCACAUUCUCGUCAUCACCGUGCAUUUCUCUCUACCUUUUCUCGUCUUUAAUAAUUUUAUCGUUGUUUCUCGCUCUCAUCAACACCUUACCUACCUUUUCCCUUUCCUUUUUUUCUAUUCUCUCUGUUGUCACCUCUUUCCCCUCCGUGUCUUUUUAUUUUCGUUUUAGAAUACUUACACAAAUUACCCAUUCUAGUCGGUCCGUUCGAAUACACGAAAUCGCCUAUUUUUACUCCAAGUUCGAUACACUUUUCUGUAUUUUCUCGAGUUUUCUGGGUGUUUUAUCCGACUUUUAAAGGUCAUUUUAUGUAUUCUGGUGUUUCAAAUGGAUUCCCAUCGCUUAAACAAGUUUCUCAACAUUUUUACUCGUACGGAAUAUUUUUGUACUUACUUUUUUACUUCGGCUCGACUCAAGGUCAUGUAUAAAAAGUGUCAUAACCAUAUCAUGCGACCUAUCGAUUUCUAGGUAUUUUCGAGCGCCGAACUCGAUUCUGAGGUUAUUUCAACGAUUUAACCACUUCUACAACCUGUAGCUGUGGUAAUUGAUUUUUUUCUCGUUACAUCUACCUCGAACGGACCACUAUAUUGUAAUUUUUAGUCAUAGUAACGUUCUCUCGCGAGUCCUUGGGCACUUGAUCGCACAACGGGCUGUUCUCUUAGAAGAAAAGAGCUUAAAAGCCUCGAGUUUAAUCGCUACUACUACCAAUUUAAUAAAAAAUAAAAUGAAAAAAAGUUACCAUGUAAAUAUAUGUAAAGUUUGAAGGAAAAAAAAUCGGCGUUUUUAAACCAAUAUCUACCUAUUUGUGUUUUUAAAAAAGUAUUUAAAAAAUGGCUAACAGCGUGUUAGUGAAUUCUCUUGCGUUUACCUGUGGUAUUUACGAAAGUUUUUAGAGCGUUUUUGUUUUAUUUUUUGUUCUGUUUCUCUAUGAUUUUUUUGUUUUCUAGUCAACUGUGGGAUCAAUUUCUUUAUACCUCUUUGUAUAUCACUUAAAAAUGUGUACCUAUUUAACUCAUGGUUUCUCGUUGUUUGUGUAAUAAUUUUGUGUUUGAUUGUAUUUUAUUCUUUUUUGGCGUUCUUUUUUUUUUUUUUUUUAAUCGUUCGUGAUACCAAAAUUAAUACAUAUUUUUGAAAUAAUGUAACAUAUCAGAUGUUUUUGUUUUUUGUCAAAGAAAUAGAAAAUGUUACCUACCUAAUAUGAAAAUGCUUUCGUGUAUUUUUUUUCACUGGCUACACUGUUGAAGACCAUUUAAAACUAAAGACAUUACCAUGAUACAAUUUCUUAACAAAAAGAUUCGUGUACAUAAAAAAAAAUAAAAUGUUCUUAAUUAAAUAGACAAUAAAGUACGGAGCAAUUAAAACUCGUAUCUAGAAAUGCGCGAACUUUUUUUUUUUUUUAGGUGUUGUAAGGAAAUUGAAUCGCAAAUGAAAAAAAAAAUGGUGCUUAAAAUAACUAAACCAGUUUUGUUUUAAUUGUUAUUUCUGAUUAUACCUACGUGUAGCUGAUGAUGUUUUGAUUGUACUCUCUACUUACCUAAUACUUAUUUUUUUACGACGCCAGGAAGAUUUGUUGUAAUUGUUGAAGUAGUUGGUUAGAUUAAUUUUGUAUCAGUGGCUUGAAUGAAAUUCUGAAAAUUUUUAUUUUUAACCGAACAAUUUGAUGUUGUGAUCAUAGUAUUAACAUUUUUUUGUAGAUUAUCUUUUUGAUUUCUGUUGUAAAUUUAUACAAAUAAAAUUUGUUUCCUAUGA